AUGAGCUUCCCUGAGACGGUUUCUGAUAGUUUGUGCAGAAAUCCUUUGGUUGUGCAAACCCAUAGUUUCAUCAGCUGUCCAGGUGGCUGGUCUCAGAUGAUCCCAAAAGUGAAGAAGCCGGAUGUGGAGAUCCUGGCCUGGCGUGGCUCCACGUGCUCUCCUCACCCCCAGCUCUCCAGCUCUCCAGCUCUCCAGUUCUCCUCACCCCCAGCUCUCCAGCUCUCCAGUUCUCCUCACCCCCAGCUCACCAGCUCUCCAGCUCUCCUCACCCCCAGCUCUCCAGCUCUCCAGUUCUCCACGCCCCCAGCUCUCCAGCUCUCCUCGCCCCCAGCUCUCCAGUUCUCCUCACCCCCAGCUCUCCAGUUCUCCAGCUCUCCUCGCCCCCAGCUCUCCAGUUCUCCAGUUCUCCUCACCCCCAGCUCUCCAGUUCUCCUCACCCCCAGCUCUCCAGUUCUCCUCACCCCCAGCUCUCCAGUUCUCCUCGCCCCCAGCUCUCCAGCUCUCCUCACCCCCAGCUCUCCAGUUCUCCUCACCCCCAGCUCUCCAGCUCUCCAGUUCUCCUCACCCGCAGCUCUCCAGUUCUCCUCACCCCCAGCUCUCCAGUUCUCCUCACCCCCAGCUCUCCAGUUCUCCUCACCCCCAGCUCUCCAGUUAUCCUCACCCCCAGCUCUCCAGUUCUCCUCACCCCCAGCUCUCCAGCUCUCCAGCUCUCCUCACCCCCAGCUCUCCAGUUCUCCUCACCCCCAGCUCUCCAGCUCUCCAGUUCUCCUCACCUCCAGCUCUCCAGUUCUCCUCACCCCCAGCUCUCCAGUUCUCCUCACCCCCACCUCUCCAGUUCUCCUCACCCCCAGCUCUCCAGCUCUCCUCACCCCAGCUCUCCAGUUCUCCACACCCCCAGCUCUCCAGCUCUCCUCACCCCCAGCUCUCCAGUUCUCCUCACCCCCAGCUCUCCAGCUCUCCAGUCUCCUCACCCCCAGCUCUCACCCCCAGCUCACCCCCAGUUCUCCUCACCCCCAGCUCUCCAGUUCUCCUCACCCCCAGCUCUCCAGCUCUCCUCACCCCCAGCUCUCCAGUUCUCUCCUCACCCCCAGCUCUCCAGUUCUCCUCACCCCCAGCUCUCCAGUUCUCCCUCACCCCCAGCUCCAGUUCUCCUCACCCCCAGCUCUCCAGUUCUCCUCACCCCCAGCUCUCCAGCUCUCCAGUUCUCCUCACCCCCAGCUCUCCAGCUCUCCAGUUCUCCUCACCCCCAGCUCUCCAGACUUCAGUUAA